AUGGCUGUCAUUCGCCUUAAACCUACUUACUCAAUCAUUCUACCCAGCGCACGGAAGCAAGAGGAGUUGCGCCAGAAGUUAGACUCUACUCCUGCGAUCUAUCGGGCCACCGUCUCCGCCACCGACUCCUCCAUCCUCGACCUCUCACUCACACAACUUGUUUUCGCCUGCGGGAGCGUGGACGGAUUCACCCCGUUAGAUGUCCUUGAAGCAUACGGCAAACGGGCCCUCAAAGCUCACGAUGCUACCAACUGUCUUGCCGACAUCUUUCUUGAAGAAGCAGCAGAGAACGCCUCCAUACCACUGGCCACUUCAGAAUUACCUCUUCUUGGCGUCCCCGUCAGCAUCAAGGAAUGUUUUGACAUUGUUGGACACGAUACCACCCUGGGCUUUUCGUCUCGUGUUGGUCACCCCGCCCUCCAACACGCCCCUCUCCUCCGCCUUCUCCGCGACGCCGGUGCACUUGUUUAUGCGAAGACCACCCUCCCCACUGCCUGCCUCUCAUUUGAGACAAGCUCCGACCUAUUUGGGCGUACUACCAAUCCCUUCAACCCCGCAUUCUCUCCCGGCGCGUCCACGGGUGGGGGCGCCGCCCUGUUAGCCUGGCAGGGCAGUCUCAUCGAAGUCGGCACCGACCUCGGCGGCAGUUCACGUUACCCUGCCGCAUUCUGCGGCCUCUACGCCGUCAAGGGUUCCGCUGGUCGUUUCCCAAACAGUGGCUCCCUUGGGUGCCUUCCAGGACUGGACGCCGUCCCAACAAUCACUGCUCCGCUCGCCCGUUCACUAUCGGACCUGCGUGACUUCUGGGAGCGCAUAAUUCGCAUGCGUCCUUGGGAGUAUGACCACACCUGCGUGCCUCUGACAUGGCGGCCUUCUGAUUGCGUGACGUCAGGCCGGAAAUUGAGAUUCGGUCUGGUUAUGGACGAUGGCGUCGUUCUGCCCACACCGGCGAAUGCGCGGGCACUAGCUGAGGCCGCCGAUGCGCUCAGGAAGCAGGGCCACGAGGUUGUGGUAUUCCAUCCCCCUAGUCCGCUUGAAGGCCUCAAGAUAGGUUACCAACUCAUGUUCGCUGAUGGAGGCGCAUCCGCGUUCAUGCCCUUGCGAUCCGGGGAGUCCAUCUCACCGGCCUUACGCACGGUCCAGACGAUUCUCCGUCUGCCUCUGUGGCUCAAGCGACUGCAAGCCGUCUUCCUGCGCUGGUGGUCGACCCCGAAAGGGCGCAACGAUGCGUGGGCGGACCUGCUCGCAUGCUUCCACCCCAGCUCGGCGCUUGAGGAGCGCGGGUUGGUCCUGCAGCGGGACACGUAUCGUGCGCGGUGGCACGAUGCGUGGCGGCGUGAGGGGCUCGACUUCGUGCUCACCCCGGUGCACGCGCUCCCCGCCAUGCCGAUUGAGCCGGAGGUCAGCGACAAGGCCACGCUGGUGUCGGCGAACUACUCCUUCCUGUACAACGUGCUCGACUACGCUGUGGGCGUGCUACCAGUCGGCCGGGUCGACGAGGCCCGGGACAGUUACACUGCCGACUUUAAGAAGAGCGACAGGUAUCUAGGACUGAGCGAUGUCGCCCGUCAGGUGCACGACAUCUACGACGCGGAAGCUAUGGCCGGUCUGCCGCUGUCGGUGCAAGUCGUCGCGGGACGCUUCGAGGAGGAGAAGGCUCUGGCGGGCAUGGAGGUCAUUGAGGCCGCGCUCCGUGAGUCUGGGAAACCCUUCGUUCCGCAGGUUCUGUAA